AUGGCACAGCCAACAGCAGCUCAACCACCCAAGCUUGUGCUGGAGGACUUCAUCUCCGGAGCGCUUGCGCACACUCCAGCGGAGCUGCAUCCGUUCUUUGAGUCGUUCAAGACUCUGUACACACGGAAACUAUGGCAUCAGCUUACACUGAAGCUCUUCGAAUUCUUCGACCAUCCGUCAUCGGGACCUUUCCGACAGCGAGUGUUUGAGUUGUUUGUAAGGGAUUUCGAGUCGAAACUGAACCAGCUACGGUUGGCGGAGAUGGCUGUUAAAGUAGCGGGUGUGAUCGACGCGCCCCAGAACUUCCUCACUGCGCUCCUCUCGCGGAUCGACAAGGAGACAGCACCUGAAGCGCACGUCAUCUUGCUCACCGCGAUCGCAAAAGCGAAGCUACUGUUUGGGGACCAGCAGGGAACGAAGACGGACAUCGACGCGGCGCAGAAAAUUCUAGACAGCCUAGAUAGCGUGGAGAAUAGCGUGAACGCGGCGUACUACCGUGUCGCGGCGGAUUAUUUCAAGGAUGUCGUCGAUUAUCAGAUGAAGGGUGACUUUGCGUCGUAUUACAAGAACUCACUGCUUUACCUUGCGUGUGUCGAUAUUGAGAAGGAUAUGUCGCCUCAGGAACGAUUGGAGAGAGCGCAUGACCUUAGCUUGUCGGCGCUGCUUGCAGAUACCAUUUAUAACUUUGGUGAACUGCUUCAACACCCAAUUUUGGAUUCAUUAGACGGCACAAAUCACGCGUGGUUGAAGAAACUUUUGUUCACCUUCAAUGAGGGCAGCAUUGGGAAAUACGAGGCCCUUGUUCCACUUUUCGCGAGCAAGCCACCCCUGGCGCAGAACAUCGCGUUCCUACAACAAAAGAUCUGCCUGAUGGCGUUGAUCGAAUCUGCUUUCAGACGACAGGGAAAUAACAGAACAAUGUCAUUCAAGACAAUUGCUGAGGAGACACAUUUGCCGAUUGAGGACGUUGAAUUUUUGGUUAUGAGAGCAUUGAGUUUGAAACUUAUCAAAGGUUCCAUCGACGAGGUUGAUCAGAAAGUACUCAUCACUUGGGUACAGCCGCGGGUGCUGUCCCGGGAACAGAUUGCUGGUUUGUCGAAUAGGAUCGGAGAGUGGGUUGACAAGUUGAACAAAGUCGCAACCAGACUUGCGUCUGAGGUGCCGCAGACGGCUUAG